AUGACAAAUGGCUCAUCUUCUUGCUGGGUAGUGCAAAGCAUGAAGCCUUAUGAUGUAAUACCCAAAUAUGUCAUGACAGCUAUGGCCAGCAAGCAUGUUAUGACAGAUCUUCAGUUCUUGGCUUACUUCUACUUUUUUCGGAGCAAUCAUGGAGCAGGCAGUAAAUUCUUAACACAUCCAUGGAUGUCCCUGGUACUAGCAAGUGUAAAAUUCUUUAAAUGCCAAAAUCAAACGCGUCGGAGUGGCAUGCCCGACUCAUGGACUAAGCUACUCUCCAUGUCCAACAUUAGCAAACAAGAACAGAAGAAUAACCCUCAGGCAGUACUGGAUGUGCUCAAUUACUACGAUGCAUCCACCAAAGAACAUCAAACGAGCAAAUUCAUGACUGUUGCAAAAACUGUUGACCCAUCGCCUAGACCUAGCUACCAGGGUGGUGUCAACAUCUCAAGUUACCCGGCAACUCCUUCACCACACAAGAUCUCAGAUGCUUCAUCAGGAUCGCCAUCAACUCCUGAAACGUGCUCAGAAGUCAGUGUUCCAGAAGAGGAAGAGGAGGAGCCGCCACCUCCACCAGUAGCCACGAGACCAGAACGUACAAAAUCCAUAUACACAAAACCAGUAGAAGACGAGGCAAAUGCAAAUGGUGCUCCUUUGGACAGUAACCGCAACCCCCAGGCAGCUCCCAUUGUUGCACCACCAAAUGCCGUAUCUGCAGUGCCACCCACCAAUACUACCACUACAAGUGCUAGCACAGCCAUAGAAAGGACAGCUGAGAAACAGAAAAAGAAGAAGAUGAGCGAUGAAGAAAUUUUAGAGCGUUUAAGAGCUAUAGUGUCUGUAGGCGAUCCAAACAGAAAAUACACGAAAAUGGAGAAAAUUGGACAGGGGGCUUCUGGUACUGUUUAUACUGCAAUAGAAACAGCAACAGGAGUGGAGGUAGCCAUUAAGCAGAUGAAUCUCUCUCAGCAACCUAAAAAGGAACUAAUAAUCAAUGAAAUUAUGGUCAUGCGUGAAAACAAGCAUCCCAACGUCGUUAACUACUUGGACUCCUAUCUUGUGAGCGAAGAACUCUGGGUUGUUAUGGAAUACCUCCCUGGAGGUUCCUUAACAGAUGUCGUCACAGAAACUUGUAUGGAUGAGGGUCAGAUUGCAGCUGUCUGUAGGGAGGUUCUACAAGCUUUGGAGUUCCUGCACGUUAAUCAGGUCAUACAUCGAGACAUUAAAUCAGAUAAUAUUCUAUUAGGCAUGGAUGGAAGUGUCAAGCUCACUGACUUUGGCUUUUGCGCACAAAUAUCACCGGAACAAAACAAAAGGACUACUAUGGUUGGGACACCAUACUGGAUGGCUCCUGAGGUGGUGACGCGAAAACAAUACGGACCGAAAGUUGAUAUAUGGUCACUUGGAAUUAUGGCUAUUGAAAUGAUUGAAGGAGAACCACCAUACUUGAAUGAAAAUCCUCUGAGAGCUCUGUACCUGAUAGCCACCAAUGGUAAGCCCGAAAUCAAGGAACGGGAAAAGUUGUCUCACGUAUUUCAGGAUUUCCUGGACCAAUGCCUAGAAGUUGAAGUUGAAAAGAGAUCGACUGCUAAUCAUCUUCUAAAGCAUCCAUUUUUAAAGCUGGCAAGACCUCUCUCAAGCCUCCACCCUCUCAUUGUGGCAGCCAAAGAAGCUGCCAAGAGCCAUUAGUGACGAUUCUCAACUAGCAAUGUUAUUGUGAUGCAGUCCUCCUAGUGCCCAUUGAUACCCUGUUUGCAUAGUUAUUUGCUGGCAGCUAGAAGAAAGCAAUCGAGCAUCUUGUUGCAGGCCGUGGAUAUAUUUGUUAUACUCUUCAAAUACUGGCUGUGCGCAAGAGCAACCCCCAUGCUACACCAGCCCAGUAUCUUGUUAGCGAUGCAGUGAACCUUUUUGUGCUAGGUGUAUUCACUUCUUAUUCAGUAAGAAUUUCCAUUUCGCAGUGUGCGUGGAUAAGAAUUGUGCUCAGUCUUGUCGCAGUUAAUGACAUGGAAGUUUCUUCUUCUCCCAGAUGACCGAUAUGAAUUGCAUGUUGAUGAAAAGCAAGUGUGGGAUUGCUCGAAGAAGUGUGGUAUGGUGUGAAGGAAUGUGUUAGAGAUCAUCAUCAUUGUUAUUACAAUUAUUAUUUAUAUUAUUUUUUUAUAAUUAUUUUUAGUAAUACAAACAGUAAAAUACCAAUGAUAUUAAUAUUCAUAUCAUUAUCUCUUCAUCGAAAAGAUGAUAAAGGUAAUAGAUGUAGCAGCAAUGAUAUUGCCAAAUGGAAAAUGUGAGGUGUUUAUUUACGACAGUACAGUAUACUCAUAUAAUUUAUUCAGCUCCAACAUUUACAAAAAAAUUUUCUUUUUGUUUUUCUUUUUUUCUUUUUCUUUUUUUUUCAGAUUAAAAAUGGAAGAAAGCAAGAGAGAUUGCGAGAGUGAAUGACUGAGAGAGAAAAAGAGGUGAUAAAAAUAUUUUGUAAGUUACCCUCUUCUUUCACCAUAUCCCAGAUAGUGUAAAAUCAGGCAUUCAGCAGUUUUAGUCGGAAACUCCUUGCAGCACUGUGACAGGUAGCUGUUUCUUUUUUUUUUCUUUCUUUCUUUUUUCUCUUCUCUCCCCUGUUCUUCUCAUGUUUUUAGAUACUUUAGCAGAAGGAUAUUACAGUGGUAAUUUAUAUUCAUGUAUUUAUGUUUACAUAUGCAUACACUUAAACUUACACUUACACUUAAACAUACAGAUAUGUUUACAUACACAUACAGAUAUUAUAUAUAUAUA